UGUAAUGUUUUUAGGAAGUACACGUUGACGUAGACCGUCUAAUGGCAAAUGCAACAUGAAAUUGGAAAUCAGAGUCACAGUAAAUAAUUACCAUAGCUAAUCGUAACGUUAUAGGAUGCAACACAAUUAAAGCAAGAUGGAGAGACAAUAUAAUAUGCGAAGUCCAGCUGUGAAGCGGCUGAUGAAAGAAGCACAAGAACUGAGUGAGCCCACAGAGCAGUACCAUGCUCAGCCACUUGAGGAUAACUUGUUUGAGUGGCAUUUCACCAUCCGUGGUCCUUCAGACACUGAAUUUGGAGGAGGAAUUUAUCAUGGAAGAAUCUUGCUUCCACCAGAAUAUCCCAUGAAGCCUCCAAGCAUCAUGCUAUUAACACCAAAUGGUCGCUUUGAAACGUAUAAGAAGAUUUGUCUAAGUAUAUCCGGCUACCACCCAGAGUCAUGGCAGCCAUCUUGGUCAAUUAGGACAGCGCUGCUGGCUAUUAUUGGCUUCAUGCCCACUCACGGCGGAGGAGCUAUUGGGUCACUGGAUUAUACACCCGAAGAACGAAAAGUGCUUGCAAAGAAAUCACAAGACUGGAAAUGCCACUCGUGUGGUGAUGUAAUAAAAGUACUCAAGGCAGUCACCAAAGCUUCGGAGAAAACCCAGCAAGAAGCUAAGGAGCUUGCAUCACAAAUUAACUUUCAGGCCGAGAAGCAGUCAACGGACAGCAACAACACCGAGCAGUCAGCGACCGAGAACAGCUCUAAAGAAGCCCCGGUAUCCAGCUCCCAGUCGAACUCCACUCAGAGUCCACCCGUUACUCAGGCACAACCGGGAUUUCCUCAGAUGCCGUUUCCAUCUCCAUUUCCGUUCCCAUUACAACCACGGCAAGGAAACCAGGCUGCCUCUCGUUUCGCACGUCCAGGAUUCUCCACGUUUCCAUGGCCACCUUCAGGACGCGGUAUGCCUGGCUGGCCCAUGAUGCCACCGUGGUUUCCCAGAAUGCCUGGCAUCCCUGGAGUACCACAAGUGGGAAAUGCUACCACUUGUCAGCAUGCUGUCCCUCCCACUUCUUCUUCAACGAACAACUCGUCAUCAAGUGGGACCAGAUUUGCUCCACAGAAUGCUGCACAGAAUAUUCCUGCAGCAGCGGCGGCGGUGAACAAUUCGAAUGUAGGUUUGCGACAGAGACAACAAGAGCCUACAACACCUCGGGCUCCCACGAACAUACCAGCUGCACCGACCCCGACUGUUGUGAACAAUACAAACAGGCCUACCAGACAAAGCGAAGACUGGAGCUUGCGAAUGUACAUGACUGUGAUCGGUAUAGCAUUGUGCAUUUUAGUACUUCUCUUCAGGAGGCUUAUUAUGAUGGGUUUAUGAAAACAUUAAGUGUGAUGCCACGUGUGCACUUUAACCAUUUUUUAAUAUAUAUAUAUAAUUCACUAAUUAAUUAAAAAGUACCGGUGCAUGUUUCUUUUCUGGGUAAGAAUGAAAUUUUGAUCCUGGUGUCUGUAUUUUAAAAUGUAUCAUUUCAGGCCUCUUGAGAAUUGAAAAUUUGGGUAAUCCAUUUAUGGGUUGCGCAACAACAAGUUCAGGUGACCCUUUUCAUCUUUACGUAACGCGUCAUGAGCAUGUAAAUGAUGUCAUAAUUUAUUCAAUGCGCGGACGAAAAAUGGGUUAAACGCUCUGCAUCUGUUAAAGGUAUCAUCAUUUAUCAUUUGUAAAUGAAUUCAUGGUACUUAAAAGUACCAAAUUACAAGGAAAAGGAACCUAGAGUUGUUGAUUAAUUGAGGCUCGUAUUGGUUUACGGUUGACAGGUACUGUUUGUAGUGCCAGAGCUGUCAACCUGUGGCAGUUCUUAGGCGUGAGAAAAUUAGAAAUCAGGGUCCAGGGACUGCAGGCUCAUGGUCGGGUCCAGGGCGAAGGUUUUUGUUGUUUGUCCAAAGUGGGGGGGGAAAAAAAAUCGAGCAAGUGCAAGUUUUACUAAUUAAUACGGUUAAUGUUAAACCAUACAAGUCGGUCAUUGGUAGCACCCACGAGUGAUUGUUGGUACUGAACCGAGGAUAGGUUCAAUAUGCUGUAUUAUUAAUAAUAGGUAACGAAUUCAAAAACUUGCAUAAUCAGCAUAUAAUUCCAUUAAGCUCUAAAAUAUAAACCACAAUUAUAAAAUAUUUUUAUUUUUAGAAAAAGUGUGAGAUUAUAGUAAUGUUACGUGAGAGCAUGAUGUUUGUUACAAAUGCGUGAGAGUUGACAGGUAUGUAGUACUGUUUCCAGCUCCCAAGUGACUGCAAUGCCUGGCCCUGUGAAGGAAGGGUAAACUAUUAUACAUUGACCAGCUGGUAUAUUAAUAUUAAAAAAUGGGGGAAGUUUAUGUAAUAAAUUCCUUGCUACCAACUGUUAGCAGUGGUCCCCCAAUGAUCUAUUAUUUUUCCAGUGGCAUAGGUGUAUAAUUUAAAUGCAUUUUCACAGAGAAAAUGGCCUAUAAAAUGGUCGUUGCUAUACCAUUUGAAUAUUCUGCUGGUGGGAAUGGUGUCAGCAUAAACAAAAACAUUCAUUAGUAUGUGUAUUUUGCACAUUUGUACUUAGCUGAUGGUCAAUACAAAUAAUAGUAGUGAAGAGCGAUUCUUGUUAUAUUAAUAAUAUUAAAAUCUGGUUCCCUCAUAUUCAAAAUAAUGUUUUCGCUAAAAAAUUAUGUUUUUAAUUAAUCAAACCGAAACCGAAAGUUGGGUUCUUAUCUAUUAUUAUGUAUGAAAUGAUCUUAUUUGUUACUAUAAAUUAUGUUAGUAUGUGAUAUUUUCCUUUUCGUUUCUUUAUCCAGUCUUGCUUGUUGAUAUACCAAACUUAAGACAAUUGUGUUAUCUCCUUGGUCAGAAGGUACUUUGCUCCCAAACUGAAGAUAUUUUUUCCAUGAAAAUUUACAAUAAUGGGUGUUGGCCUACUCACCAGUAAUCAGCAAUAUAAAAUUUUAUACAUUUUGCCAUCAUUGAGGAACUUUAUUGAUGGCAGUAAUUUUUAUCCCAAUCUAUGAGUUCAUAUCUUAAUGAUGGCAAUUGCAGUCAUUAUAUUCGAUCUCUGUAGUCUUGGAGAAAACAGUUUUUUAAUUUGCAGCCAUGGAUUUUUUUACAUGCACUUCCCACAAACAGGACAUCACAUUCCACAACUUUUGAUAUACCAGUCAUAGAGCACUGGGGGGGGGGGACAAUGGGUCUGCCGAAAAGGUUUGAUCCUACAAAUAAGGGCUAUCCCUCGACUGAUGGAGCCGAUUUCAGCCCCUGCAUAGAAUAUUUCAAGCAAGGCAUUGUAAUUAUUUGGCAGAAAUGUUGCUCAAAUUACUCUGAGAGCAAAGUACCUUUAAAACGACACAGAAACAAAUAAAUGUAUUUCAAAGUUCAUAUUGUCCUCACUGCUAUCCACUGUGUGGAAUGAAAUGUUCACUUUAAGGUAAAAAGAAGUAACAGGACCUUUUAACAAGUUACAUGUGUGUAAACAGUUCCUUUGUCAUUAGUGCUGUCUGCAAUAAAUGUGUAUUAUUUAAA